AUGCGGGCCGACCUAUGCAUGCAUGCGGCUUCUGACCUUAUACCGGCGCUGGUGAAGAUGAAUGUGGUCGUACCUAAUCAACCCGCGGCUAGGGUCACUAAGCAUGGAACCGUCGUGGAUUCUGGAGCGGAGGAUCACAACACAAAGCUGACACGGAUGCAGGUGGAGCACUACGGCAUGAAGAGGGAUCUUGCGAUCUGGAAAGCAGCAGUCACCGCCGUCGGAGCGGCGAUGGGUUACAGUGUCGAUCAGCUCCUUGCAGGAGCUACAUACGUCUUGCAGGCGCAAGGUUCUGAAGGGGGCGCGGCGACACCUGGGGGCAGCCGGUCCACUGCACCCUCCACCCCCAACCCCCGUGCAGCAGCGCGGCCUUGCACUACCGACAGCCCCGGUUCCAAAGGAGGAUCUGCUGAGAGCGUAGCACUGGACGGUGCAGGCAGUGGCACAGUCGAGCUAGGGGGGGUUCAUCCCAGCCCCUGCGCACUACCCGUGCCUGCCGCUCCGAGGUGGUCGAUAAAUGGCACAGAGGGAAGUAUGCACGUCACGCACCAGGCAGAGCCGGCGGUGGCUCAUGCAUGUGGAGCAAGGCCCGUGGUGCUGGCUAUGCCGGCAAAGAGGAAGGGCUCAUGCAUGUGGAGCAAGGCCCGUGGUGCUGGCUAUGCCGGCAACGAGAAGACCCGCAUGCGUCGGGGGCGGAUGCUGAGGGUGGCGCUACUGCUUGCAAGAGCAAGGAUUCUGUUCCGAGAGAAGAAUAAGAAGAAGCGGACGCAGAUGAGGCUGGGUGCGUACAAUAAGGAGCUGGAGGCUGCCAUGGCGUACGCAGCAGCGGUGCACGUGGUCAAAGAUGGUAAGUGCGUGCCAGGCACAGUGGAGCUGACGGAUGAGGAGAAGGGUAUGCUGGAGGGGUGCACGUUGGCAGUUGUCAAGCGGCUGGUUAGGAGCCGUCAGUGGUUCCGAUGGCAGGAGUGGGAGACGGCACUAGUGGACUGCACGGAGGAGGAGACAGCAGGGGACGGCGAUGAGCACUCCGACUCGCAAGACGAUGACGCGGGGGAUGCAGCCGGAUGUGCCGUGGAGGAAGGAGAUGAGGUGAUUGAGUUGGAUGGGGAAGGGUUGGGCGACGCAGAGGGAUCGGCCGGGCGGGGCACACCUCAUGAACUCAAUGAGGACGCUGCAGCAGCGAUGGGCGGUGUGGCGGACGAGGGUAUUAGGACGGGGUUGGCUCUGGGAGAUGCAUUUGAGGGGGCGUUGUUCGACGAAGACCCAGAGGCGGUGAAGAUGGAGUGA